AUGGCAGAAGCCGAAACCUAUUACGACAAAGCAAAGGGUGAGGAAGAGCACAUCCUGACGCUACCAGACAACAGGAAAGUGGCCUACGCCCACAAUGGGCCGCCAACGUCGCGAACGCUGGUUCUCUUCUUCUGCGGCAUCAUGAGCGUCGGCACCGCACCCAACGUACCAACUCCAUGCCGCGAGCGUGGAAUGCACUGGAUCGCACCGAGUCUUCCCGGGAUGGGGAAUUCCAGCACACGACGGGACAAGAAAACCCCAUACCAUGUCUCAUUUCUCCAAGACAUGGUUGCUUUGCUUUCGCACCUUUACCCAACGGAUGCAUACGACACACUGUAUGUUUCUGGCGGAUCCUACGGCACCGUCCAAGCACAGAUGCUGUAUGGAGCGCCGUAUGACUUGUUCCCUCCGGGCCGCAAGAUUGCUGGGUGUGUAUUGUUGGCGGGAUUCUCGCCGCUCAAGUAUCACCCGGGAUAUGCGAAGACGCUGAAUUGGGCGAACUGGUUCUCCUUUGGGCCGCCGACACAGUUGCUGCCAUGGCAUCUCCUUCAGUGGCUUUUCCGCCUGGUGAUUGGGUCGAAGCUGAAGACCCUAGAUGGCGCGAAGGGGUUCCUGCGCCAGACGCUGGUUGAUAAUAUGGAUGAGGACGAAAAAAAAGUGCUCACGCGAUGGCUAGAAGAGAACGCACUCACUGAAGAUGCCUGGCUGGAUCAGAUGGCGCGAGGUACUAUCAGGUGCUGUCAGAACUGGCACGGAUUCAUGGAAGUCUCGGAUGUGAUCCACUCCGAUUGGGGAUUUCAACCUCAGCAGCUUGACGAACACCACGCGUCGAAACCCGUCCUCGUCGUCGGUUCAUCCAAAGAUCAGAUUGGCGGUGGCACCAAUAAUUGGCUCGUCGACAAUUACAGAUCUGCCACGUAUAAAUCACUGCCUGGCGGCCAUAUUUCCUCGCUGUUUUAUAUGGAUGAAAUAUGGAGAGAUAUCAUUGGGGCAGUCAGUGGUGGUUGA